CCGCCGUCUCACCACCGACAACCGCCAACAACCACUGUCAUCCAUUCCAUCACGACCGUUGCCUCCAUUCAUCUCGACAAACUUCCCAAGCCAUCAUGAACCACCUUCCCGAAGCCUGGGGUCGCCCCAGAGACGACAUCUACGGAGCCUACGACCACUCCUUCGUUGCCGCCUCGCAGCCAAACACCCACACGCAGUCCCCGAUCGUCACCGGUACCUCCGUCGUCGCCCUGAAAUUCAACGGCGGAGUCGUAAUCGCCGCCGACAACCUGGCAUCCUACGGCUCCCUCGCGCGCUUCACGGACAUGGAGCGACUGCGGCAGGUGGGCACGCACACGGUGGUCGGCGCGUCCGGCGACGUCUCGGACAUGCAGCACAUCUUCACGAAGACGCUCGAGAACCUGACGAUUUCGGAGGAGUACCAGAGCGACGACGGGCACCGUCUGCGCGCGAAACACGUCUACAGCUACCUCUCGAGAGUGCUGUAUCAGCGCAGGAACAAGUUUAAUCCGCUCUGGAAUGUGCUGCUGGUCGCGGGGUGGGAUGAGGGGAAGCCGUUUUUGGCUUCGGCGGAUCUGCUGGGAACUACUUUCUCGGCUCCCGCGCUGGCGUCCGGCUUCGGUGCGCAUCUGGCCAUUCCGCUGCUCCGCCGCGUGGCCCCCGACGAGGCGGCGGUAGAGGGCAUCACGCGCGAGCGCGCGAUCGAGGUGGUUGAGGAGUGCAUGAAGGUGCUGUUUUACCGCGACGCCCGGAGCAUGAACAGGUACACCAUGGCUGUCGUCACCGGUUCAAAGGACGAGGCCGGAAAGGAGAAGGUCGAUAUCGAGUGGAGGAAGGAUAUUGAGCUUAAGCAACAGAGUUGGAAGUUUGCGGAGGGGAUCAGGGGAUACGGUGCGCAGACUGUUUAGAUUUGCGAAGACCGAUAAGAGGGAGAUGCGGUUUCUCUUUCUCGCGCUUGCUUGUUUGAUAGCUGAAAUCGACAUAUCGUGAAUGAGCUGAAACAAAGUACACUACUUCUUCGAUGGGUA